UGCUGAAGUAUAAAACCCUUGUCUUUGGUGAAUGUAGCCAUAUGGAUUUGUAUUUAUAAAGGUGCUCUAUCUGCCUCUGAUUAUCAUGACGACUGACAAACAAGAAUAUCAGAUACACAGGAACAGAUCCCUACAGGACACAGGUAACGGAAAGCUUCAGGAUGGAGCUGAUGUUGAUGGCAAAUGUGUUGUACAAGUCCACAGCAGAUGGAACAACAUCCACCUGUCUCUGGUGUGUGUUCUGUUGGGCAUCUCUCUCAUAAUGAUGCUGGAUGGCUGCCGGCCCUCCUCCGAGUCGUGGGUUCUGCUCGGUUCUGCUGGAAUCCCGAUCUGGGACUGGACGUCUGUGUGUGUGGUGAUGUUAUUCACUGUCCUGCAGGUGGCGCUCUAUUGUCUACCUGUGGGACAGGUGACAGAAGGCAAAAUGGGCUGCGAUGGAAAGCGUUUGAAAUACAAACUCAACGGUCUGCAUGCGUUUCUCCUGACUGUGGUUCUGAUGCUGGUUCUGUGGUUCUCUGGUGUUCUGCGGCCCGGCGCUGUGAUGGACAGGAUCUUCUCUCUGGUGAGCGCAGCUAUGGCCGUCUCUCUGGUCUUCAGCCUCACGUUGUUCCUGUGUCCAAUCAGAACACCCUCCUCCGCACACGUGACCUACAACAACACGGCAAAGCCCCUGCUGAAGUUUGUUCUGGGUCAGAGCAUGGACCCUCGUCUGGGCAUCAUCGACGUCAAGCACUUUGUGAUGGUCAGGGUUGGGUUUAUCGGCUGGGGCAUAAUGGAUGUGAAUUAUCUCCUGACCGCUGUAGAGACGAAGAACUCGUCACUCUCUGUGCUGCUCGUCAUCAUCUUUCAGCUCAUUUACAUACUGGACUUCCUCAUCGAUGAGGGCUCUGUUCUGACGACCAAAGAGUUCACGGACGAGCCGAUUGGGUUCAUCAUGAUUCUGGGCGAGUUCAUCUGGAUCCCUUUCUUCUCCAGUCUUCCCGUUUACUUCCUGCUUCAGAGGCCCAAUCACAUCCACUUCCUGUCUGCCGUCCCCAUCUGCCUGCUCUUCGGUACAGGCUUCCUGAUUUAUUACCUGUCCAACGAGCAGAAAGAUGGUUUCCGCAGAAAUCCCAGGGAUCCGGCCUACGCUCGUCUGAAGACGAUCCUCAGCCCGGCCGGAAGCAGUCUGCUGGUGUCCGGAUGGUUCGGAUGGGUCCGGCACCCCAAUUACUCUGGAGACAUCCUGAUGAUGUUGGCCUGGUGUCUGCCGUGCGGCUUCAGCAGUGUUCUUCCAUACUUGCCAGCGCUGCAGUGCUUUCAUUUACUGAGGCAACGAGCCAAUGAGAUCGAAGAAUCAUGUCUGAAGAAGCACAGAGACGCCUGGAGAGAAUACUGUCGACGAGUGCCAUACAAACUGCUGCCUUACGUCUACUGAACAUCUCAUGAACCUCAUCAAAGCGGAGUUAUUAUUCCUAGCUGUGUGCAUCCUGUGAUUUAAACUACAC